AUUUAAGUGUACGCCUCACAUAGCUCAUGGUGUAGACCUAAUAACUGCCAAGAUAAGAACAAAUAAAUAAAGUGUUUAGUUUAAGUUAAAUGUUUUGGACUCGGGGUUUGAUAUUCUAGGGAGCUAUGGAAUUUUGUUAUAAAAAUGGAAUUAUAAAACUACGUAUGCAACUUAUUGCCGAAGAUAAGAAGUAUUAACAAAUCAAGCAUAACAUGAGGCUGCAUCUUUAUUUAGUACCUUUUCUUUUACUUAUAUCGAUCACUUGCACCUCCAUCGGACGUCCAAAUAGCCCAAAAAAUUUGCAUCGGCAAGAAGAAACAAAUAAUUAUUUCAAUAUUUUAAUGUUAAAUUUAAUUAAUAUACAGUUGCAGGGUAAAUAUAGUGUUAUUUAAUCAUAAGUUAUUAUAUAAUUAAAAUUAUUAAUUUUAUAAUAAUUAUUUUAAAAAUCAUACUGAAAAUAUUCUUAAGUUAAUUAACCGUAUAAAAAUUUAUAUUAAUAAUAUUAAAAUUAAGCUUUUUAAUGUUUCCAAGUGGAUCCUAUGCUAGAAAAAUUCCACGUGGAUAGAGCAGACAGUAAACAGCAAUGGAACACGUUAUCCUCAUAAGCUGGGGGUGAGAUUACAUUACAUGACUUACCAACGAAAAAGCAAAGCGAGAGUGAAGGAAAUAAUAUCCCAUCCCUUAUCCGAUUCACGAUAAUACGUGGAUAAACUUGGUUGGAGAACUAGAUCUUAAUCUCAUCCUCACUACAUUGCGCCAUUCAAUAUCCACCAGGAGUUAGAUACUGGUCGUACCUGGGGCCAACAAUAGUGGCUAAGCUUACUUCAUAUCUUCGUGCCUUGGCUUAUUAGUGGGUGCAAUAGAUAUCACUCAUUCUUAACCGUUUAGUACAACUUCACAUUUUAGAAGAAAAACUCUCUUUUGCUGCAGCAGAGGAGGAAAAAGCAUGGCUGCACAAGCUUUGGUAUCAUCAUCGUCUCUUACCUUCUCAGCGGAGGCUGCAAGACAAAGUCUUGGAGCAAGAUCACUCCAAUCUCCUAUUGGAUUCUCCAAAAAAGGCUCCUUUAUUGUUAAGGCAGCUUCCACUCCCCCUGUCAAGCAAGGAGCAGAUAGACCUUUGUGGUUUGCAUCAAAGCAGAGUCUUUCUUACUUGGAUGGCAGUCUUCCCGGUGACUAUGGAUUUGACCCUCUGGGACUUUCAGACCCAGAAGGAACAGGAGGGUUCAUUGAGCCCAGAUGGCUAGCAUAUGGAGAGAUCAUCAAUGGUCGUUAUGCAAUGUUGGGAGCAGUUGGUGCCAUAGCACCUGAAAUUCUUGGAAAGCUUGGUCUGAUUCCUCCUGAAACAGCACUGCCAUGGUUCAAAACGGGUGUGUUUCCACCUGCAGGAACAUACAACUACUGGGCGGACCCCUACACACUCUUCGUGUUUGAGUUGGCACUUAUGGGAUUUGCGGAGCACAGGAGAUUCCAAGAUUGGGCCAAUCCUGGAUCAAUGGGGAAGCAGUAUUUCUUAGGACUAGAGAAAGGUCUUGGAGGUUCUGGUGACCCAGCUUACCCUGGAGGACCUUUCUUUAACCCUCUUGGUUUUGGCAAAGAUGAGAAAUCCAUGAAGGAUUUAAAGCUGAAGGAAGUGAAGAAUGGAAGGUUGGCUAUGUUGGCAAUCUUGGGUUACUUUAUUCAAGCUAUUUUCACAGGUGUUGGGCCAUUCCAAAACCUCCUAGACCAUCUCGCUGACCCAGUGCACAACAACAUCUUGACCAAUCUCAACUUCUACUAAAUGUAUCAUAUUCUUUACUCUCUUGGCCCCUUUUUUAUGUCUCUCUUGCUCUUUCGGACUGUAGCAUCCUGUGAACAUUUUGUUCCUUGCUGUGCCGCUGUAAGAAAUCACUUGUAAAACAACUAGAAACAUUCGACA